AUGCAUCCGAUCAAAGCCACAUCUUCGGUGGUGCCUGUAGAUGAUACAGCGUGUGAUCACACGUUCGGAUCACGUACGCUAAAUGAAGAUGAUGAUGUAUGGAGCCAUAAUGCGUGGGACCAUGUUGUGCCGCCACAGGAACAUUCGAAUAUGGUGGAAGAAUUGCUAGCAAAGCAGGCUGCGUCACGCGUCAGCCACGAGGACGCAGCAGUGUACCACGCCAAUCCUGCCGCGUACUGGGAUACGUUCUACUCGCGGCACGAGAACCGGUUUUUUAAAGACCGCAAAUGGCUCCGCCUCGAGUUUCCGGAGCUCAUUCAAGCGACGCAGCCAGAUGCACCGCCUACCACGAUCGUGGAGAUGGGAUGUGGUGCAGGCAACACUGUCUUUCCCCUUUUGAGUAUGAACCAGAAUCCAGCAUUGCGUCUCGUUGCGUGCGACUACGCGCCACAGGCUGUGCAAGUCGUCCGCAACCACCCGCUGUACCAGAAUCAGCAGACGUGUGAGGCCCACGUCUAUGAUCUGAGUGCUGGUGCUCGAGGCGAAGUUGAGCGCCUUCCGCCCAACGUGCAGCCUGGGUCUGUCGACGUGGUCGUGUUGGUAUUUGUGCUUUCGGCGUUGCAUCCUGACGAAUGGAAAGCGGCCGCGGAGAAUGUGUACCGUAUGCUAAAGCCCUCAGGUCUAGUGCUACUGCGUGACUAUGGGCGGCAUGAUCUUCCUCAGUUGCGGUUCAAGAAGAAUCGUAUGCUGGAAGACAAUUUCUACGUGCGCGGUGAUGGGACGCGCGUAUACUUUUUUACACCCGAAGAACUCCUGCAUAUUUUUGACGCUGCGCCUCGUGGCACUCAUACUCAUGAACGCUUUGCCACGCAGCAAAUGGCCAUCGACCGACGGCUCCUAGUGAAUCGAAAAGAGCGUAAGCAGAUGUACCGUGUGUGGAUGCAAGCCAAAUUCCAGAAAGCUUCAUAA